AGGCUAUUGCAGAAUGACCUUGCAUUGAGCCUUUGUGGAAGAAGCAAGUUUAAACUUCAGUUCUUCAAUGUGCAUCCUUCUGUUCAAAUUUGACCCCCGACCAGUUUCAAAAAAUGCAUACAGGCUUAUUCUAGCAGCUAACAGAGAUGAAUUUUACCACAGACCAUCCAAAUCUGCAGAUUUUUGGGACAGCAGCAAUGAGAUCCUUAGUGGUCUGGAUAUGGAGGAAGGAAAAGAAGGUGGGACAUGGCUGGGAAUCAGUAAGAAAGGCAAGAUGGCAGCCCUGACAAACUAUAUGCAGCCAAAGAUCGAUAAACAUGCAAAAGGAAGAGGUGCUCUUGUAACAAACUUCUUGACUGCAGAUCUGGAUAGCUACUCUUACCUGAAGAAAGUUUCAGUAGAAGGACAUCUUUACAAUGGAUUUAAUUUAUUAGCAGCUGACUUGAAUACUACCAAAGGAGAUGUAAUUUGCUACUAUGGAAACAAAGGAGAACCAGAACCUGUUUUCCUAAAUCCUGGAAUAUAUGGAUUGAGUAAUUCUUUGUUGGAUACACCGUGGAAGAAACUUCAAUAUGGGAAGCAGCUUUUCACAGAUGUGGUCAAGAGAAGUCAAGACCUUACCAAAGAAGACUUGGUGCAGGAGCUUCUGACAGUGAUGAAUAAUCAAGAGCCUCAAUUGCCAGACCCUGCAAUUGAAGACCAAGGGCAGGAUUAUAUACGUCCUAUCCUGAACAAGUAUGCAGCUGUAUGUGUUCGUUGCCCAGGUUAUGGAACAAGGACCAACACGGUCGUGCUCAUCGACGCGGAGGGCCGGGUGACUUUCACAGAGCGCAACAUGGUCGAUGCAGAUGUCAACCAGUGGAAAACGAGCACCUAUGAAUUCAAACUGCACACUUAGCUUCCCAGCCGAUAGGUUCCCAAUCAUAGCAACGAGAGCACAAGCCAUUAAGCUCUACUAAAUGUUUUGUGCCAGCC